AUGGAAAUUGUUGCCGCGCUUCGGGCGUGGGUUGGGUUGCCGCUCUGCUGUGCAGGAGUCUGUGACUGGGCCUCCUCCGAGGCAUUCGAGCCCUACGCGCCGCCGUCUGGAACGCGUUCUCCGGUCCGCCUUCGCGCAUACUCCUUCCACGACCUCGGCCUCCGGCACGGCCCCCGCGCGUCCGCGCAUUUGCCGCCGCCGGCGGAGGAUUCCCUCGACUCGCUCCUCCCGCGCUCUGGCGCGACCUUGCGUCCUCGAUCGCCUGCUGCCGACGCGUUCGCCGUAAUGGCGACUGAAGCGGAGAAGUCAGCGGUGGACCAAGGCCUUCCGCACGCUGUUCCCGUGUCCGGUGCGCCGGUUCCCGUUGCGCAGCCGUCGCAUGUGGCGCAGCUGCCCGCCCAAGCUGUCGCUGGGGGCCCUGCGCUGGGGACAGCGGUGGGCGCCGGCCCCGAUUCUGCCCACUUGGUUGCCCCUUCGGCUGCGCCGGUGAAUCCCGUCGCGCAGCGGCUCGCGGAGUCUCAGAUACGCGCUGCCGUGGGGGGCAAUGCAGCAGCGCAUCGGGGGCGAGGUUCUCCUCGGCGUCGCCCCUCCUCAUCGUAUCGUUCGGCGCAUCGCGGAGGUCGCGGUGGCUGGUGGGGAGGUCACGGUCGCGGGCGCGGUGGGCCGAGCGAGAUGCAGCAGCUGCGCGAGGAUUUCCCGGGGAUGCUCGCAGCGGCGAUGCGCAACGCUCUGAAUGGCGCACCGAAUCUUGGUAGCUCCCCGGCUCCCGCCGCCCCUGCGCCCGCUCCCGUUCCUGUGAAUGCGGAGGUUCCGGCCGCGCCCCUUGCUGCGCCUGCUCCGCACGCAUCUGCGUACCCGCGGGCUCCUCCUCCUGGCGGUGACCGUGCUCCGCCUGCCUACGUUCGUCCUGUGUCUGCCUCGCAGUAUCCGCCCCUGCCCUGGAUUCCCCCUCUUCCGGACACGGGAUUUGUGGGAGUGGGAGGCGGAGGGGCGAGGGGAGCCUUCGUUCCUCCUCGUCGUUUCGCUGAAGCUCCGUCCGUGCAGCCUCCGCCCCCUCUUCCCGUUCCGCCUGCCGCGUUGAGGACGGGAAUGGCUCAAAUUCCCACGGCGACCCUUGCGCAGCUGUGGCGCUUGGUGGAGUGCCAGCAGGCCCUGACACUGAUUCUGGUGAAUGCGCACUUCGCCAUUCUCCAGAGCCCAGGGAGCACUCUCGGUCGUGAGGCUCGAGGAGAUUGCUUGGCGGCGGCUGCGCAACUUGCCUUCCUCCUCCUACCCGUGCUGGGAGCGCCCGCGUUGGGAGGCGUUGCGGUUUCAGAACUGGACGGGACGGUCCAGGGUCUGACCGCACACCUCCAGGCUGGUGGCGGGAUUGAAGCCGUAGGCGCGACCGCGUUAGUGGUCCAGCAGCUGUGGAGGACCAUGCGCGGUAUCCUCGCGGCGCUGGACGCCCAUCUGAUGUAG